AUGUCACUGUGCCUUACCAUCUGCGGGUACAAGAAGCCCGGAAUCACCGAGGAGGAAUAUCGGGAUUAUAUGAUGAACAUCCAUGGGCCAUUGGUGGAAGGACUCAUGGUCCAAUAUGGUCUCAAACGGUGGACGAUGACGCACAACCUGGAGUCAACCCGCAGACAGAUGAGUCAGUUGUUUGACCCACAAUUCGCCAACAUCGCCGACUAUGAUGCGUUUAUUCAGAUCUUCUUCGACGACGUUGAGGAUUUCGUUCGCAUGAAAGCAGAUCCCUUCUUCCGGGCGAAAGUGGCCCCAGACCAUGAGAAUUUUGCUGAUACCAAACGGAGCAGGAUGACCAUUGGAGUGACUCAGGAUCUCGUGUUGGAUGGAAAAGUUGUGAAUAGGGUCAAUAGAGAUAAUGGCGAAUAA